AAAUUUCCCAAAAAAAAUCUGUCCUCACUCAUCACGACGUUGUCGACGUUUCGACCGUUCGAUAAUUUUGCUCAUAACCACGCGAAAGCUUUUCACUGUAAAACUAAUGUACAAUUUAUUUCCGACAUGGUCAAACCAGCAAAGAAUCAAAACACCUCAAAACCGACUGCGCAUUCGCAGAAUACUGAUCCCAUUACACCAGACCGGCGCACCAGCACUGUGAUGUCUGUGACGUCUGCUUCAGACUCGCUGGUUGUUGUAAACAUACCAGGCGCGAACGAGUUGGGGGACGUGUGCGUCACCUGUGAGGACGAAUGCGUCUGCGGUGCCGCCAAGUCAACCAGUCCCAAGAAGCUCGUACCAGACUUUCCUUCCACCAUAAUGGCGCGACAUGCACCAGCUCAGGCCAAGCUUGAGCGAUGUGAUUCUCCAGGAAGCGACCUAACAUCGCUCUCCUCUAUUCCAUCUGACCCCCCACCGCUUAGGACCGCUGGUUUUAAAUCUUCCAGUUCCACUCUGUCGGGCCUAUCGAAACGGCGACGGGGGCUCACCAAGGCUGAUGCUCUUGCACACAAGGCACUUUCAGCAAACAACAUCCAGUCACAUAAACCCAUGGUUCCAUUUUCAGCUCCGACUACUCCUCGCUCUCGGCUACUUGCUCGAUCUAAGAAUGCUGAUGCUCGUGCAGCCCCGUCUAAAUUGUCUCGACAAAUUCGGAAUCCAGCUAGGGCAGUAUCAAGGCUUUCCAACCGUGGUGGCAGUCAGUCGUCAAAUACAGGCGUACCCAAUCAACCCCUCACUCGUUUGACUCAAAAAUUUCUUCCACACGUUGACGAAUUCUCUGAUUUUUCAGACCAAUUUCCCACAUUCUUGCCUGCAUCCGUCUUGGACAGCGAUUCGUCAGAGGAUGACUCUGGUAACUCCCUCUCUUCCUCCUCAUCUGAACGUUCGGAUGACUUGGACAGUGUAAUCGAGGCUGAGGAGACUGAACUCAUUGUGGCUGAAGAGACCCUUGCCAUGAAAAAGCUCCGCAUGAGACGUGAACGCGAACGCGAGCUUCGCCUCAAUGGGAAUGGUAAUCCCGAAGGAGGUAGACGAUGGGAUAAGGUCAAUUGGAACCAUGAACGACGUACCGGGAGCGUCAGCAUGGAUGGUUCCUCCGUCCUGACAAGUAGUUCUUCCUCAUCAGACGACUCCUCUACAUCGGAUGCGGACGACGAGAAUGGUGAAAAUGGUGAGGCCGGUGUGGACGAUGACGAAGACGAAGAAGACACAUUCGAGGCUCCGUUUCACGGUGCCUGGCCCGAAAAUGACGAAGAUGAAGAGUAUGAUGCCGAGCUCUUCUUUGCAAAUCUAUCUGAUUCGUCUUUCGGGUCGUCACCCUCUGACUCGGAGCCUGAUUUUGAUAUACACAACCCCUCGCCACCAGGACGUGCCGGCGAGACCGACGUAGACUCGGAAAAGAGGGACUCACAACUCCCUUUAGUAUUGACGGAAGAUUUAGACGGCCGGCUGGUGUUUACCCAUGGCAUGAGAGACGGUGAAGGGGCUUCAGCCGUCCAUUUCGAUACCACCGCACGCAAGUCGUUAGUCGCAGAUGCCGCUGUGGAUACCCUCGCUGUCGUCGUUGAGGACAAAGGCAGUGAUGCUACUUCUUUAUCCUCCUUUGAGACUGAUCCAGGAGAAGACGUUGGCAACACAACUGCGGAGGAAGAAGUCGAUCCAGUCACAGGCAUCCCUCCGCGCGUUGCAGUCGUAAAUCCUGUAACCACCGGCUCCCCUCCGUACAACCCGGCUGACUCUGCCUCUAUCGACCCGAUCUCGACCAUCAAUACGCCCAUCAAUAGCCCAUCCACAUUCUCCAAAAGUACCGGCCUCCCCUGCCCCGAGGCUGCGGAGACGUCGCGGAGCGGGAAGGGAUUACCUUUAAAAUCUGAACCCAUUCUAGGCUCCUUCCACCUCGAGGAACUCAAUAAAACUUCAAGUGCCAUCAUCGAUGGUUCGCGUGGGUUCUACAUACCUUCGCCCUAUACAAGAGUCCGGAAAAAGAAAAGGAAGCCGCGGAGAGACUUCAACAUCGACGAUUUGUUCCUCGUAGCCGCCCAGAGCCAACCUCAAUCCUCUCUUCCUGGUGCAUCUCUCUCGCAGUCAAUACGUAACAAUUCUGUCCCUGAUUCGGCUCAAAAUGCAGAGAAUAAUGCCGCUUCUGGGCUUCCACCCCCUUCGCCUAUCGAAUUGGAUGACGUCCUAAACGCCGCUUUGCUGGAUGACCAGGUUGACAUGACUGUGUUCAAAGUGGUGGAUUCCGAUAGUGGCCAGACGCCCGAUAGGAGUUUGUUGUUCAACUUGAAGCGUCGGGAAAGGAUUCCAAUUGGGACAUACCGACGCCUCCGAACAGGUGGAGGAAAUCUCAACGGGAAUCUCGGUGCUGUACGACUUGCGGAUGGGUUCAGCUAUGGCAGUACGAGUGCCGUGGACCGUCUGAGCCCGUAUACGGCACGACCGAACACAGGGGAGGUUUCGUGGCUCACACCUCGUGCAAACAGAUCGCCGAAGAAAAAAGCAUCUCACAACCGCUCCGACAGUAUCAUUUCCCAAUCUUCCAUUUCUGAGAGUCCGUCGGCACUGCGAUGCCGGGGUUCUAAACGAAAGGUGCUCAUAUCACCUGUCAUACUGCCUGUGAAAGACUCUGAUACCGAUCAGGGUCUGAAUGACAUCGGGGGUGAGAAUCUGCUUGAUGAAGCGGCAUUACCAUCGGCACCUAAGCGCCAGAGGCGGGACGAAAAUAGGAAGGGAAAUUCAUUGUUCGAUCCGGCAUGGCGCUCUGCGCCGUCGCGUGCCCUACGUAAGCCUAGUCCUUGAACGCUACUUUACGAUUAAAGCUAUUCUAUUAUGGACAUCUUGUGAUCCUGCACUCCCAUUAAUGUCUCCGAUCUGUCACCUCCAAUUUAACCUUAUCUGAUUCACGCAUACCUCUACUGAUCUCGUCUAUCUACAAAAUGCGCACGCAUGUACCCUCAAUCCGCAUGAGGCGACAGCGUUUCUGGUUUCCGUUGUAAAGUGUAACCUGAAAUGAAUAAGCACCUCAUUGGCAAAACUGGAAGGAGGGGGCGUGAUUCGGGGCAUAGACAACAGGUGGG